GCCGGCCGCGGGGCUGGGCGCUGGCCCCGCUUCGCUGGCAGCCGCGCUCGGAGCCAAUCAGGAGGCGAGGGCGAACACGCCCGCCCGCACCGGGUUUCCGCGGCCCAGCCGCGCGCCAACCGCAGAGCCGACCUUGCCGGCCCGCUGUCCCCUCGGCGUCCCGGCGGCCGCGCGGCAGGCGAGGAGCGGCCGCGAGCAUGGACGUGAGCAUCGCCCCGCUGCGCGCCUGGGACGACUUCUUCCCCGGCUCCGACCGCUUCGCGCGCCCGGACUUCAGGGACAUUUCCAAAUGGAACAACCGCGUGGUCAGCAACCUGCUCUACUACCAGACCAACUACCUGGUGGUGGCUGCCAUGAUGAUCUCCGUCGUGGGGUUCCUGAGCCCCUUCAACAUGAUCCUGGGAGGCCUGGUGGUGGUGCUGGUGUUCACGGGCUUCGUCUGGGCGGCGCACAAUAAGGACAUCCUCCGGCGGAUGAAGAAGCAGUACCCCACGGCCUUCGUGAUGGUGGUCAUGCUGGCCAGCUACUUCCUCAUUUCCAUGUUCGGGGGAGUCAUGGUCUUCGUGUUCGGCAUCACGUUUCCUCUGCUGUUGAUGUUCAUCCAUGCCUCGCUGCGGCUGCGGAACCUCAAGAACAAGCUGGAGAACAAAAUGGAGGGGAUCGGCUUGAAGAGGACGCCCAUGGGCAUCGUCCUGGACGCCUUGGAACAGCAGGAGGAGAACAUCAGCAAGUUCACCGACUAUAUCAGCAAAGUGAAGGAGUAGCGGGUGGCCCUCCGGCUGGCAGCCCCGGCUGCCCGCGUCUGUCCAUGCCACCUUCCUUUUGUCUGAACAGGAAGUGCCGGUCCACCACCCAGCUCUCCACAGCAGCAUGCUCCCACAGGCCACCCUCCUCACGCCCUGAGGGGACCCGGGAGGGUCUCAGAAACCGGAAGAAAACCACCCUCCUGCUGGGUCGCAGGUGCCGCGUGUCUGUGACAGAGCACCAGCCCUGCUGUGUCCCAGUGGGCCAGCCCCCUGCACCCUCCAGACAGCCAGCAGACCCCGUCUCGCCUUAGCCUGUUUGCAGCCCCCUCCCGCCCCGAGAGCCCUUAGGACGGGCAAGCGCGGGGAAUAGACUAGCUUAGUUUUCAUUGUUAUUCUUUUAAAGUCGAAGACGAUCUCUCUCACUUUACCACCUGUCUGACGUGCAGUGAACACUGGAUAAGCCAGUUCUUUAUACUUUGUUUACGGAUAUAAAGAUAGCUGUUUAGAAUAUUUUGUUAAAUUUUUGUAAAUUUUUUGAGAUGCUAGUCCUGUUUUUUCACCAGCAGGUGGUUGCUGCGGACUUAAUGUCAUCUUCCUUAAGGAGGUUACACUGUGUAGCCUGUAUUACCCUUGACAGACUUGUUAAAAAACAAACAAAAUAAAGCUGAACUUGGGUUCUGUC